AUUGGGCAAUAGAUAAAGUUAAAACCAAAACGUAAACAUGGAGUCGAGUAGUGACUUCAGUGAUGAGUGAUCGACUGGUGAGAAAGAUUUUGUUGUUUUCGCGAUAAACAAAUUGCAUUAAAAUGACGAAACCUACCACACGGCAAAACGACCAGGAGCCGCCAGAAGAUACGAAAAAGCCCAAAAUCCUGACAGUUUCAUCAGGGAAAGUAAGAAAAGGCGGUGGAAAGAGAGGACGCAAGCCAUCUAAGAUCGACCAGAAUGCAAAGUUAGAGAGAAGUCGUCAAAGCGCCAGAGACUGCCGGGCACGUAAGAAGCAAAAAUACCAACUGCUGGAAGAGAUGGUGGCAAACAAGGAGAGUUCAAUCUGUGCAUUGAGACAAGAGCUUGAUAUGUACAAACAGUGGUGUAAGAAAAUCGACCAAGGAACCAUCCCACCUGAAAUCUUCGAGACCUUACAAAUGACCGAAACAGACGACAAUACAGAAACAGACAGCAUGUCUCCAUCAGUGAGUGUCAAGAAAAAUAUUCCGGAGAUGUGAGGUGAACAAACUGAAAGUCUGUGCUUGUUUUCUAAGAGCUACGAUUGGUGUAUCAAUCUUAGUUGCUAAACAUUGUGUGAUGUCAUAAUACAGAUCACUAUGGUGAUAUUGACAACAGCUAAUCUGAAUUCUUAAUCCCCUUUCACACUGUAUCUUUUAUCCCUGUAGAAUACAGCCCUUGGGAGGCCCAGGAACUUUUCUUACCCUGUGGUUACAAUGUACAUGCAGGCCUAUCCCGAUUCCACAGGGUUCCGACUGCACAUUUCAAGAAUACCCUGGGAUUUACCGCUGACCCUGGAGCAGAGGUGGCUAUUCCCGGGGGUAUGCUCAUUUGCCAGGGCAGACCGGGGGUAAAGCGAUCAUAUUGUGAAAAGGUUGACUGUUAUUCUACAGGGGCAACCCAGGGGAAUAGAGACCUAAAAAGGGCUUUAAUAUUUUGAAAAUCCAGCUGUGGUACAACAUCGGCGGGAUUAUGUUGAGAUUGUUAUUUAUUUCUAUUUAGUUGUGUGGAUGAGAGGCAGAGAAUCACCAAGGUGGCGUACUUUGUACGGACUGUUGUAUUGUAUAAAUCUAAGGAUUAUAAGUUACUUUCAAUUUCACCGGAGGUUACUGUUGUUGUGUACAUAGUAAAUAUGUAAAGUUGUAACGGGUAUGUUUUAAUAUUGUAAGAAUUUGACAGAUUGUAUAAAUAUUAAGUCAUAUUGAGAGAAAUGUGAUAUCAAAAUGGUGGUUUCCCCUAAAUCAAUUGUUAAAACCAUUGGAUUGAUUUGUUUUGUUUCUGACUGGCACCCAAACAACAAACAAGGGAGACCAUCAAUCAACAGUAAAGCUAUGUAGCAAAGCUGGUAGAGCACAAUAAUCAAUGAGGUCGCAGGUUCAAAUCCCGCUCUUGUAAAUUAUUUCAAAUUUACGCCGUCAGUUUCCUUUGUUGUUACGUACUUGACCUUUGAAAUAAUGUGCACACGUACUAGGUUGGUCUUAAAGUGAUUGUAAUGGUAACCCUGUGUUUGUUUUCAAUUCUAUAUUGUUGUACACCUGUGUUCGAUUUUCUAAAAUCUAACCUGUGAAAACUUCCAUUUCAAAAGGUGGCAGUGUUUUUGAGAUAUUGGUGAAAAUCUGGAAGCAGUUAUUUCCACGCUGGGGGAAUGAUUUGCAAUGGGAGACUUUUGGGACGCUUGGUGGCAGCAGACUUACCAGGUAAAAUCCAUUGUUCUUGGUC